AUGAGUCCGGCUGCUGGCGGCUCCAACGACCAGCCCGGGAGGGUGGCCGAUGCACCGUCCCCUAGUUCGUUCGAUAGCGAUGAGGCACCGAUUUCGAACCCCCGCCGCCCCGCGAACGGCGCGGAACUCGAGUGUGGCAAUUUCCCUUCAGACACCGGUAGCACGCAGUACGCGCCGCCUGACUCCUCCUCCUCCCCCUCUUCACUGACUUCUGCUGCCGUCUUCGGCGAGCAGCCAUCUUGCGUUUUUUCUCCUGCGGAGGGCACAACGUCCACGGCGUCCACAGCUUCCUCAUUCUCUGGGCCUCUCUGCCGCGUGCUGCGAACACCCGCGGGACUCGGUGACGCGGACGCGUCGGCGUCAAAUGUCGUCGACGCCGACAAAUACUGCCCGAGCACGCUUCAGGGGAGCGAGCUCCCAAGUCAUGGGGAGGCGGCACCAGCACGUCGGUCUCCGUCUUUCUCUUUCCCGUUGCCGCUGCCUCUCGCGACGACACCGGCUCACCCCGGGGAGGUGUCCUACAAGCAGCAUGCCUCGACCCCGGUUCUCGCACACUCUCCCUCCAUCCCAAGUCUCCUGGUCACUUCUCCGUCUCUGGGGCAUGUAUCGUUUGUCUGCGGGGCGGAGCCGUACGCGGCGCUAGGGUGCGAAGAGCGGGGGUUGCCUCCGCGUUCGAGUGACAGGCCGUCGACGGGCUCCGCCGAGGCGCGCGAGGAUGCCGAUUCUUUGGCAGACGGAAAAGGAGCAACCGGAGAGGAGGGGGAGGGAGACUCGCGAGGUCGUCGCUCGCCUCCACUCUCUGCAGCCGCGCCUCCAUCGGGUACUUCCAGCCCAGCAGCAGGGUCAGUUCUUGUAUUGAAUGCGUCGCUUCCAGAGUCUGAAGAAGUAUCUGUCGACUCGCGUGCAUCACAUUCGCUUUCUGCGUGCCAUCACCCCCUCGCUGGCAGCCGGCAGCACUCGAGAGAGUCUACAGUCCAGAGUGGAGGCGUAGGUGGCAAACGGCCGCCGCGCUCUCCGCGGGUCAGCGGCAUCCACGUCGCAGAUCCGAGAGGGCCCGAGGCGGAGGCGGCUCACCGUGAGCAGGCUGCUGCUUCAGAAGCGUAUUCGCAGCGCGACCACACCGAGAGCGCGGACGCGCCCCUUGGGACAGGGCCAGCGAAUGCUGACGGGGACUACGCUGAGGCCAGAGACCGUGCGGCAUCCUGCGCCUCGCAGCGCGUGGCUUCGCCUUCGAAGAAACGCCUGUGCCUGGCGGAGCGGUUUUUCUUUGAACGCCAGCGGCAACCCCCACCUCCGAUACCCUGUGCGUCGACGGUGACCCAUGCAGUAGAGGCGUCGUCGCAGCCGUCGCGCCGACCGGAAUCGCCGCCGCACGCGGAGACGCCCAUUCCCAACGGACUCGUCGUGGAGUCUCCAACUCCCGGCGCCACGUUUUCGGGCUUGCAGACCUCAACGGCUGCCGUGCGAGGCGCUACGACGACGAAGGACGCCAGCGAUCUUCACCGCGGGACUGCGUCCAUUCACUCGCCGGGGCCCUCCGCCAGCGCUGGUGCAGCACGAGCCGCGGCUCAGCGAGAAAGGGGUGCACUGCAUGGCCAGGCGGGCGAGGGUAGUCUCACGCCUGGAACUGCGCCUCUGGCGGUGGCGCGCACGGUGUGGCGACGCGGAAAGGGACCAGGAAGCCGCUGCUUCUCGAGAUCGUCUCGAGCCAGUUCGUCAGAGCAGUCCGAUGCUGUGCGACAGGCUCGGCCGGAAGAGAGAGGCGCGGAAAAGAUCCAAGCGACACUAGCGGCCGCGGCACUUGCCUCCGCAAGCGUGCGUCGACUAGCUCUGAUGGCCCCUCGCCGACUCGUGGAACACACCCUGACGCAAUGGUGGUGCGAUCAGGAGCAGCUCAGGCAGGCCGCGCGCGACCAGCGCCCAGCCAGCAGCUGCCGGAUGGACCGAGCCACAGCCGUAGCGAGUGGGGGCGAUGGCUGUCUGAGCGAGCGCCUAGCGCGAAGGGCACUGACGGGGUCCGCUGCAGGUGAGAAACCAGAACAGACAAAUGAGAAAGACGACAGUCGCGACGAGCUUGGCGCUCCUCUUCAAAGAGACACCGGCAAGAUGACGAAGGGCGAGCCGCAGGUGAGGACGCCUGGAAAACCACCAAGUGGCGGCCCAGUGCAGGGGUGUCUGCAGAGACAUACCGAAGCUUCCCCUGAGAGUCUUUCCCCAGAGGACUGCAGGAUGGCGAGUCAACGAGACUCUUGCUGUCGCGUGACGCUCUUUGCAGCGCGCCAGGUUCUGCACGUGGGGCCCUUUCGUCAGGCCAUACGCCUCUUCCCUGGCGGAGAGACGCCUCGCGACGGGGUCCGCUCGCGUCAUCUUUUUCGUGCAUCUGCGCACAUGCGCAGGCACAGACACGGGUCACGCGGUCGCAGCCGAAGUCUUAGCGAGGGCCGCGAGGAGAGCACAAGCGUUGCUUCCGUCGGCCUUCGUGAGCUUCUAAAGAACGACGACGCCGCAGAGAAAGGCACUGAGUCACUCCCGGGAAUGGACGGAUCGUAUGAGCCUGACCAGGGGCCCCUCCCCUCUUCGGGCGGCCCUUACCCAAGAACGCUCUACGGUGCCUCAAGAGGCGCAGAUAAGACGUCGGGCGAGACAUCCACGUCGGGCGACCGGCGUCUCCCUCACAUCACGUGCGGCCGUGACCUCCGCAGAAGGCGCGCGUGCCCUCCUCGUCACCGGUACUCUCCCUCGGAUUCGCCGCGCGCGGGCGACAGAGCUGGCAGAGCUUGCGCGAUCGUGAUGGGGACGCGGAGGGCCGGAGCGAGCGCGAAAAAGCGCAGCCGAUCCGGAGAGGACUUCACCAAGGAUGGACUGGAAGGCAGUCAGGCAGCAGAGUCACGGUCGUCGACUCCUCGCUCUUCUGUCUCUUUCCAUUAUGGCCUGUCAGACUGUUCGCCCUCAUCAGACCGCCGCGGACGGCAAGUGAGAGGCUUAACCAAUCCGCUUGGGUACGACGAAGAACACUCAACCGGCGGUGCGCGAACGCCGCGACGAGCCGCGUGCUACAGCGGAGGAGAAAGCGAUCCAUUUACAACCGAGUCAAGAGAUGGUCAUGAAGGGAAUGCCGGGUUACUCCCAGGGAGAUGGCGAAGAGUGCGAGGAGCGCACACAGCUUUCGUGAGCGCUGUAGCAGUUGUGCCGUUUGCUCCCAACAUCCUUGCCGAGGAAGAGCUGGCUGUCGCCAACCACAAGUGCGGCGAGACCGAUGCAGUCACCAUCUCAAACGGAGCUCCGAAGACGAACAGUGGAGGCGAAGCCGAGACGACAGCGGCUGCGACGGAAGGCUCUGUUGCCGCGAAGGGGCAACAAAGCGAAUUACGGAACCCGGACGCGACAUGCGAAGACGAAGGAAAACAGCAGAGCGCAGGAAGCGUCUCUACGUUGCAGAAAGACGGCGCAUUGCCGGAUCUACACUCCCAAGUUGGAAGCGGCGUAUGUGGCCAUUUUGGAGAGAACGCGACGCCAUGUCUUUUUUCUGAGCCUACAGGCAUUUGCAUUCUGAGGCGCGCAUGUCGCAGUACAUGCAGGUGCCCUGUAGAGGCCUUUUCUGCCGGUGGGGAUGCGGAAGAACGACAGCAAGCAAGAACCUCGGAGCGGCCGCCUGCGGAGCGAGUGCCUGCUGAAAGCCCUGAUGAGGGGGAUGUUAUCGCGAUAUGGGCGAGUGCGCGAGAUGUUCAACACGGCGGCAGACUGAGGCGGCGAGUCUGGCUUCCGGCCGGCACACGGCCUGGAGCGCCCCGCCACGCUUCUCGAUUCGAUGAUGGGAAUCCGAAACUCGAGAGAGGGCCGCCUAGUGCGACAAGCGAGAGUGACGACAGAGAAGGCGAAGCCGAGCCACUGACCUGUCCUGGUGAUACAUCCGCAGCCAAGAAAGAGACUGAAGACACGAAUGAAGCGAAUGCGCAGUCAGAAGAAGAAAUUGUGAAGGAAAUGAAGGCAUGGUGGUCAAAAAUGACAAACGAGGGUACGGACGCUGCACCAGUUCAGAAUUGGACGCAAGACGAUUUUGCGACGUCUUUCGGGACGAUUGCCUCCCGUGCCGUCUCCCUUCUGGCCCUUGAGCUUCGAGCCCGUGGCGCGCGCCCUCUUUCCUGGCACCGCAACUUUGCAGACGACGCUGCCGGUGCGCGAGACACUACAUCUGCUCGCGGUAUCGAACUGGAGGGCAGAAUACAGAGACUCAAACAGCAAAUCUGGGAUCUUCUGCGUCAACACCAGGAGGCGACUCACCACGAAACAAGCGCCGGACUUCGGCGCUUGUCAUCGGCCUCCGCGCACCUUCAAGGAGAGGAUGUUCAGCGCCUUCUGCGCCAGAUUCGUCAUCUGAGAGAGGAACAACGUAGCCUUUUUCGACUGACGCAGCGGCAGGCGGGGCGCAGCGAAGAAGACGGCGGCGGGAGCGCGUGCGUGCCUUUUGUUGCUCCCCGUUACAAUCUGGGACGCUGCAGGCGCAGGACCCCCCGGUGGUACAGCGUAGGCGUUCGGUGGAUUGCGGACUUUUCUGCGUUCGAGUACUUCGUCGUCAGAAACUGCAGGAGCGAGGCGGACGCGAGCAGUGGGUGCGCGUCGCUAUACUCCGUAGACAGACUGCGUGAUGUAGAGUCCGCGCCUGGAGACGGGAAAGGCUCUCAGCACGACAUCGCCGGAUAUGAGUCCUACCAAACCAGCCCUCGGAGACCCCUGUCGCCCCCGCAGAACGCGGACGCUCUCUUGUCUACAUUAUGGGCGCAGGCGUAUGCCCCGAGCCCUAACCAGCCGCGGGGUCUCUCUCCAGUGACGACGCCACCCCGUUCGGUCUCGAAUACGCCGCCGCGCCGCGUCUCGCCGCCCACGAGCGACUGGACUCCUCAGACGAAGCGCUCUACGAGGAGACAGGGUGGGGCAGCUGAGGCCUCGCACUCCCGUAGCCAAAACGUUGAGGGCGGCGUAGGAGUUGGCGACACAGCGAAAACGGUCAACUGGGGAGGCAACAGCACGCCGGAGAUCCGAUGCAACCCUGAGGCCGUGCAAAGCCGCCUACUGCUGCAUGAAUUGUUACAGCCCCUUUCUUUCGAUGCAGCUGGUCUCAAAGCCGCCCUCGCUCUCAUCUUGCUACGUCUCGAGAGGUUUCUGAGGUUGAAAAGAAGGUUGCCAUCUUCGCGAGACGCUUUGAGAACCGCGAGGAUGAGGAGAAGGCGAACUCGACGUCUUCGGAGCCAGAGGACUGUCCUGUUCUCAACAGAUCAACCGGACGCGUUCGCGCGUGCGGACCUCGCGAGGCAGCUGGACACCGCUGUCGCCCCCGGGCUUUACUCUGACAUAGACAGCAAGGAUCAGGGUCAGUUCUUCGCGGGCGAGGCGGCUCCUUACCAAACUCCGAACGGGAGAGAGAAGGGUGCGCAUCCGCCCUCUGGGACGAGCGCGUCGCCACCUUUGGACACGCCGUUCCAGGACUUUGGAUCGAGGGCAUCUGCAGGUCCGGGGGCAAGGAAACACCGUCGCGAUGACACCGCUGUCUCUAUUUGGCCUGGCGACGCGGUGAAGGCAUCUGGAGGCCGAGGUGAGCAGCCGCUUCCCGUGCCGUCUCCUUUGCGCCUCGCGCUCGUUCUGCCCGCCCUCGGCACGCCUGGGUCCGGCGCGGCUGGUCAGGCUUCAGACGAACGCAGCUUCCAGCCCUCGGCGGGAUCGGACGAGCCCGCGUACAAGACGGCGACUGGUGGCGAGCCGCUCUUGGAGUCGGAUAGCGGGGGCCUGCGCCGGGUCGGGGGGCCUGUCACGCGGCGCGGAUGGCGGACGCGGGCCUCGAGGGGCGCCGCUUUACAGGCGAGCGGCACUUCGUUCCACUUCCACCACGACCAGGUUGACGGCGUUGAGACACCCAGGGAUGCGUUUCCCUCUGCGCGUUCAGUCGAUGGAGGCUCCUCGUCGCGGCCUUCGACGUGCACCACACCGCAGCUGUCCCGGCCGGCUUCAGUUGGUGGCGGCGAGAGACGCCGAGGGACUACGCGGGGGCGGAGCGCGACCCGACCAGGACAGGACAGCAUGACCGCCAGGGCAGCUGUGAACUGUCAGUGCUUUCCGCUGGAGACCCCAGGCUCAGGCUCCGCUAGCGGCACAGACGCCACCGGCGCGGACGGUUCAGAGUCGCGACGUGGCGCCCGAAGUGCGCACGGGCUCGGAGAGAGCGAUGGGGAGAAGGAAGACCGCCUGUCGGCGGGGUCACAUCACUCUGAUGGCGGAGCUUCGCAGAGGAGCGUCGGCAGCGGCGGAGGCUCGUCCUCCUCGGGGUCCUCGUCUUCGUCUGGAGAGCCCUUGCCUGUUACUCGAAACACCGAGCGUCUGGAAUCGGAGUCGCAGCCAAGGGAAUCCCCCUCAUUCGAGUCCCUUUCGUCGGCGCGAGGCAAAAAUGUCUCGGUGCCCUUCUCCCCCGCGAUGAGUCGCGGCCCGUCUCCACGACGAAAGAUCGGAGAUAAUGUGGUUGAAGCGCGUCGCAGCAGUUCUGGCGACCUCUCCCAUCUUCUUCUGUGUGGAACGCGAGCUCCGGACCGACAUUCUGCCUCCGCGGGGGGCCAUGGUCAAUUGCCAGCCGCGGGAGAGGUACUCCUGCGGACGCCGUCGCUCAGCAGAGCCGCGACUAAAGAAGAGGAAGGCAUGUACGAAGGCGAGAGUAGCAUGCCUGAGUGGCUAGUGGAAAAGGGCGCCUUGGAGCCGUUCUGGUGGCGCGCGAGGUGCUCCUUGUACCGUCACACCUCCUCUCGUUCCUCGCUUGGACGAAAGCGCAAAUCCAGACACACCGACUACGGCUCCAGGCUCUACAGGCGGAGCUCGAGUGAGGCGCUUGAGGAAGCAGCUCGUUCGCGAUUUCCGCACUUGGAAAGCGAGAUUCGCGGGCGAGGCGGCAGCGAAGAUCUUUGCGACCGGGCAAGCGCGUCUGGCUUCGCUUCUAGCGCAUCGUGGCGUGCCGCAGAGAAGCGAGAUAUGCUGAGCGAUGCGGAGGCUGCGUCGAGAGGCGAGAGCGGUGUCGAGAGACAGGAGAGCCUCGAGACGGGAGGAAGUGAAAGCGAUGCUUCGCCCGAAUCGGAUACAUCCACGACUACUGAAACCAGCGGGAUCUCAGACAUAUCCCUAGACGUGGAUAGCACUCUGCGCCUCGCGCUGGCCGACGCCGUCCUAUCCCCGACGCUCUCUGCUCUUCGCUGCAGAGGGACAGAGCCCGGUGUCGAGGAGCAGGAGGAGGCUGGACACCCCCUUCAGAUUGAUGCCGUUGCCCAGCCGCUGAUAAAGUGUGAGAAGGAACAGCGUGCCCGACACGAGGCAGAAGUCGCGUCAACCAACGCAGACGCGGGAUCAACGCCGAACGACAGAAUCCACGCGGCGGAGGACCGCGAGGCCACGAGGGUCGAUCCUGCGUGCAGGGGGAUGGACGGGCAAGGCGUGCAGAGCCUGGAAGGUGCCUCAGGAGACAGUGGAGACUUGACUUUGCCCUCUUCGAAGGCUGCCGCAGGGCAAGAGUUCCAGCGCCCCUCACCGCCAUCACCGCGCACGCGAGUCUCUGCCGAUCCAGGAAGGGAGGUUCAGAUGGCUGCAGGCGGCGCGGAUUCAGUCAAGAGAGAAGACGUUGAUUCUCCGUACCCUUACAGCGAUGCCAGCGCAAAGGAAGCAGCGUUUUUCGUUGCGGUUCCACAGAACGACCAAGAACUGAAAGAGACCCUGCAGGGCGUCGAUCCGGCGCAGGUGCGCGCCUUGCUUGGAGACGGAGUAGGCUUUGUGCGAACGCUUGUGACGCUCCAUAAAAAGCAAGAAGCCGCGGAGUUCCAGGUCGUGCCCGCCAGGGAACGCAAGCGGACGGCACAUUUGUUUAGGGGCCUCAGCGGCCUGUUCAGCGCCUUGGAGUGCAUCAGAGCUGACGAGGACGAUGUACCGCGGGCUGAGGCAGAGCCUUCAGGGGAGAGAGAAUUGGCCUGUAGUGCAGGUGCUAUGGAGUGGAAGGAGGAAGACGCUGCACGCGCAAACUGUUCUGAAGGAUCCGGGGACGCCCUGGAGGCAACCGCAACAUGCGCUGCCGAUGGCGUGGCAGCAGCCUUCUGCAGCAUAAUGGGGGGCGGUGCACAGGGCGCCUUCGGUCCGACGAGGGUGGCUGAAGGGCCGCUGAAGCGCGAGAAGGACGGGUCGCACGCAGCAGGGAGCCGCGGAAUCGGUCCUGCGAAACGCCUACGCGAGCCUGAGACGCACUUAGCUUCGAAGACGGGGCAUGAUGAAAGCCACUGGUGCGGCGAAGGAGCUGGAGGUUCGCCGGCCGUGACACUCAGCGAUGCGGUUGUGGAGAGAGAUGAGCGGGGUCAGCGAGAAGAGAGGGAUGUGGCGUGGCAAACUGAACUGGGGAAGGAGGCGUCUCUGUUUCUUUCUGGUAUCCUCGAGCUAAACGAAGUGAACCGGGAACAGCAAGAACAGGAACUGAACGGGGACAGUGAUCCGCUUACGUCGCUUCUGCGUAGAUCUGCAGAGGGAGGCCUGGAAGGAACCAUGGCAAGCCAGGAGGGCAGUGGCGUCUAUGGAAGUGAAGCAGAGGCCAGGCUGGACAGGGCGGUGGCGCAGGGUGAGCAGAACGAGUCUGCCAAUAUGAAGAAACACAUCCACUCGGUUUCUAAAGAACAGUCGCUGCCCGAGGGGCAACGGGGGGAGCUAGCGGAGCCGGCUGCUGUGAGAAGCAAGCGGCAGAGACUCGCAGAGCAACAUAUCCGACAAGAUGGCUGCUCGUUUCUUGAAGAGUUACUCCGCGGCGUUUGGGAAGCAAAGUCCGCCGGCACUUGUCUGGAGGACUUCGGUUCGCGAGAUGCUCCGGAAGACGCGGAAAGCGACAAGCCAGUCUUGAGGUCGCCCUGCGUGUUCGGCGCUCGGGGCGGAUACCGGUGGAAAAAGAUGCACAUGGCCGCCGACGAACUCCAGUUGGACGAUGAGGACCUUCCUCCCUGGAGAUGCGAUCUGAGGGAUGCGGGGGCCCUUCGAUCCGAUGGCACGCCGAGCUGGAGGCGGCAAGGGGGCCAUUGGGGUGCCAGCGCCUAUCGAACUGUCGGUCUGCGGCCCUUUGGCAGGAAGACUCCGGCUUUUCUGUCCCCGGGAUGGGACGAAGACGAGGCGGUCUCUCUCUCUUCUUCAGCCGAUGAGCGAGGCUACACGAGUAGUGGCUCUGAGCGUUUUCUAACUGCCCCUUCGCGUCGACGAUACGGGCGGCGUUUCCAGGGACGGAGCAGAAAGCCACGUGCAGGCGGUGGGGCUGCGACCCCGGGCGGCAGGAGAGACAGUAGCAGCCAGAGUGGUAGCUUCGGAGAUACGCUCCGUCCAUCCUCGCGUCUUUCGGGCGCAGAGACCCCGCGGUCGCUGAGCAAGGGGCGAAGACGGGUGGGCGUUGGAGAGUCGUCGCCAUCGUUUUUGCGCGCCCCGACAACGAGGGCCGCUGCGGGAAGGUCAGGCCUCCCAGGGCGAGGCGCAGACGGGCAGGAGGGUUUCGAAGGAGAUGGGGACUUUGGCGGGACGCCAGGUCGAGGUCACGCCGGGAGGCGGAGCGACGAAGCGGAGCGCGCAGCAGGCGAAGGCAAAGCUGUUGUAUCGUCACUCGAUGGAAGCGGGAAACGAUCAACGUCUGUUCGACCAGGCAGGGGACGUGAAGGCGGAAAUGACGCGGCAGCUGACACGCUGUGGCCCCCGUCCACCGCAGGCCAUCACAGCUCUCGAGGCGGACGGCGAAGCCCCUGUGCUUCAGCUGCCUCCCCGUUGCCGACGGGGGUGUAUUUCGAUGCCUCCCGAAAACUCUGGCGAUGCCAAUGGAGGGAAAACGGCAGAUUCAAGACUAAGGGUUUCUCGUUGAAUGUGUAUAAAACGCUGAAAGAUGCGCGGCGUGCGUGCGUUGUGUACCGGUGCCUGAUGGGAGGAUGGGAAGUCGACCCUCGCUGGCUCGGCCCCGAUGACGACGAUCAGGAAAACAGCGGCGGAGUGGAUGAGGCUGUCGGAGUUGGCUCAUCGGAAGGGGCGUCGGGCACGGCAGGAUAUAGCGAAAGUAAAGCAGACGAGUCAGCGACUUCCCCUCUAAAGGAGGGAUCCACAGGAUCUCCUCCUGUCUCAGGAUAG